CGGCAAGUCCCGAGUGCAGAUCCAGUGACAUGAGCCCGCCCGCCAACAUGGUUAUCGUAAAGGCAACAUACACCAUAUCUCUGGCUCUACAGUCCAACGAACUCUGGCACGAUCUGUUCGCAUCCAUAACAGGCCAAAUGCCUCUGCGUAACCUUCAUUGGAAAUCAGCCUCGCGGCCGGCUAUCCGAACAAUCCAAGAGUUAGAUGUUGACCUGAUACCUCUAGGCCCUACAGAACCAUCAACAGACCCACUUAAUAUCUUUCUUGACGGCCCUUUUCUACACAUUUACUUCAUGAUAUGCGAUGAUGUAGAUCAAUACAGAGCUACCGAACGAAAACAGGUACAGGAAUGGAGGCAGUCAAUAGCUACCAAAACCCAUCAGGACUGGCUCAUUGUUCUCCUCGUCAAACCGGACGUGCAGACAGGCAGUAAACGGCUAUUCCAGAAGAAGAGCACCGUUUUGGACAAAAUAAAGUCAGAUUUCAUGACUGAAAAACGUGAAAGAUGCGUCCAGCUUCAAUGGGCACCGGGCAUGACAGAUCCCGUUCCUUGGGCAGAUUUCCUCAAUCGUAUUAAAGAGGGUAUUAUUUCCACCAUUGACUCGUAUGUGUUGGUUCUUGAGGAAGAAGCAAAGAAGUGCGAAGGUCAACGGCAUCACGAGGGCUGGGAAUUUUGCGCGUUCUGUGCCAUAAAGGACACGCUGGCAUCGCUGUUCGAACGAAUGGGUUUGUGGGAAGACACCAUCGUCCAACUCGACGAGCUAGAAGCCUACCUCUACCAACUGUAUAAUGGUAGGUUUUCAUCUCCAAACAAUUUCCCAAAUGACCCUCUCCAAGAAUGGGGCAGGUCCCCACUCCGGUCGUUCGGGGGGUUGGGUGUAAAAGAUGACUCUCUGCCGUUGCUGUCUGCUUCGAAAAAGCCAUACAGAGAUCUGAUCGUCAUGAAAACCAUUUCCGAGUUUGACUUCAGAAUAUUCCUAAUUUCCCGUCAGUGCCGUGCACUUGCUCGAGUUGGAGAUGUUACUGGGUCAUUGAGGAAAUGUUUGCGGUUCAUCCAAACAUUCAGUCGAACCAUGUUACAGAACGGCUUGCAUCCUUUCUUUGUGGAAUCUUGGAUAUAUUCUGGGUCUCUGAAUGUGGUGGACAUGAGCCAGACAUGGACCCCUGCGUCAGAUCAUAAUGACGUGGUCCAGAAGCUGAGCGGUCUUCGAGGCGAGCUGUUAGAAUUAGCGAAGUUGCAGCUUGACAAAAUUGGGAUGCGGAGUGGCCACCUCCCACUCUCUUCGCCUUUUACAAUCGCGCUGUCAGGCUCAAGCUCUUACGUGGGUCCAAUUGACUCUGUGGGCCGGUUGGUUUCGCAAAAAGACCUUCUCUCUGCGGUGGAACAAAAGGACAUAUUUGACAAACUCUACACAAUCACAACUCACCGGGCCAUCGAAUGUUUUACGGCUGGGAAUAGGAAAAGAGCGGCAUUAAAAUUGCAUGGAUAUCUUGCUGCGUUUGACUUUCUUCGCAAUAAGUCACCAGCAGCGUCCCUUGCUUUCACCUCCUUGCCCCCCCAUUACGCAGGCACUAGAUGGAUGGCUUUGGAGGGAAAAAUGCGGAGACAUGCGCUCGAGAUUCUGAAACAUUCAGCGAAACCUCGUGACCAAGAUUGGGUCCUUGCCACCCUUUCCUUUCUUCGCUGUGUGGUCGCUCUAGAGAGUGAUCUCCAUUCAACGCAUGUGUUACUCCCAAGCCUGGGGCAUGACGGACGGGAUGCUCACGAGGGAUUCUCCAAGAUCGGUGAAGCACUCCAUUUCGCUGCUUCCCAGUUAACCAAAGAGGUAACUGUACCCAGUGACCAGCUAGUUAGCCUCAAAUCCGGCUGUCAUAUGGCUCGAUUUGAUGAACAGAGCCGACUGUACGUCAUCCCUCUGGUGAUCGUUAAUAAUCUGCCUUUCGAAGUCCUUGCCAGCCGGGUCUGUAUUGAAUUAUUGCGCGGAAAUGGGACCCGACCCGUCCGAUACACAUUCUCAAGCGAUGAUGGGAAGCUUCUUCAGGGGCCGAACACCCUUGAGGUUGGACAAAUGGGGCAAUUGCUCGUAGAGAGCGUUUCAAUUCACAUCUCGAAGUUGACCUUACGGCUAUCGACGCAGGACUCUAGGGUCAUUUCGACAGUCUUUAUCCCAAACACAGAGCAGUUGCUUCAAGCAAGGCUGGAGCUCCCGAGACACGUUGAAAUUGGGAAACCAUCUUUCGUAAUUAUUACCCUCGAGUCUGGCCUAGAUGACGUUCAAGACGUUACCAUUGUCCUGGAGAAAUGCCAGAAAGAUUCCAAUGUAGUUUACUUAUUGAACACAGCAUCAUUCACUGAGCGUGCGUCACACCAUCAGUAUGUGCAUCCUAUGACACUGACGAAAUUGAGCCAAAGCGAAUUUGGGGGUGGGAUCAGCCGAAUUUUACCCAGACCGUGUUGUCAUUCCGCAUCUUCCUCCGAACUCCAUAAUUCAUGUGGCAGCCCCAUACAUUGGGAGCAUUGCAACUUCAUGCCUCAAGGUAAUGCAACUGCACGACAUUUAACAUCAGGCAUCCCCUGGAACCUUGAGCAGGUCGGCUACAGGCUUCCGAAGCACCUUGAACACCCCAUAUCAUAUUGGCAAGAAACCCAACUACAGGAAGAUUUUCCCGUUAUUGUGAAUGUCCAAGAGCAUAUUCGCCACCAACGAUGCAUAUCUCGCUUCACAGUAUCGUCGGACGGAACGCACUGGGUCCGGAUUAGACAGGUUUCCCUGAAUAGCAUGUCGGGGUGCUUAGGUAUCACAUCGAACAACAAGUUUACGGAAGAGAUUCUAACUCCCACCCAACCCAUCGAUUUCCUCUUCCUAAUACGCUCUGAAGGCGCGGGAGUCCAAGAGCGCCUCACAUUUCAUUUGGUUUACCGCACGCUAGACGAAGAGCUAGAUGCAGUCCUAGCACACCUGGAAAAUAAACGUCUAGCUCGGAACACAUUUGCCCAACGACACAAACUGGUGAUCCACCAGAGCAUCAAGGAAGCAGUCCAGCAGAGCGAAGAUUGGACCCGCUCAUACCUGCACACAAAGGUAUUCCGCGUGGGGAAGAGUUAUCAAGUGGAACAUCAAGAUGACUGCUCUAAGGACGCCCAAUGGAAGAACCUGGUCAAAGCUUAUGAACCAUCUCUCGGUUGCACCCCCUUCUCAGAUACAGUUCCCAUCAUUUCCAAGUUGCUACCUUCCAUCCGUUCUAUCGUCGUAGAUCUCAGUGACACUGGUAAUUAUGCAAUGGAUAAUUGGAAAGAAAGAGAGAUGAUCUUGCCAGUCGAUCUUCCUGCUGUGAACGUUCUGAGCCGCGUGGAUGUUCUGGUACCAGAUUCCAUCCGUCAUUACGCUGGGCAACCGGUGGAUUGCAAAGUCUCAAUUCUGACACUGUUCCAACACCGCUGGUCUGGGAUGCAACUUGAGGUUUGCCGUCUCAAGUACAAUGUACACGGAACCGAGAGCAAUGCAUGGCUUAUUAGUGGGCCAAGUCGAGGCGAAUAUUUCGGCAAGGAUGGCGUCCAGCACCAAUUCGGACUCAGCUUAAUCCCGUUGCGUCAUGGAUCACUUCCCAUCCCCAGUGUGGAAGUCAGACCUGUGCUUGAUGCCGAUAGCGGUAACUACACGCAUGAGACUUACCAAAAGCAGGCUGCAACCAGGGUGCAGGUGCUCCCAAGAGGCAAUCAUGCAUCGUUUUUAGUCAGCCUCCCAGUGGCCGAGCGCGAGACGGAUAUUUACGAUGCGUAGCCGUUAAUGAACUUCAAUGAAUUUAUUUACAAAGACUUGAAGCUUUGGAGCACAAUAAUAUGAAAUCGAGCACAACAGAAGGAUUGGCUUCGUUGAUAUUUCGUUCAGGGGGGCCCCAUUUGACAACAGAGACAAAAGUAGCUCAGCAUUUUCACUUGGCUUGGAUCCAACGACGCUGCUAAGAUGAUGUAUG